GCAGCGGCUCCUGCGGGAGGAACAGCUCGGACCAGCGACCAGCGUCGGUCGGCGACAGCAGCGUUACCUUGCAGCCGCCUGGAGCGUCUUUCUCCGCGGGCGAGAGGCUGUACGAUCCUCGGCAGUGUUCUGAGACUGUACGGCCCCCACCGAGUCCUCACCGAGUCAGCCGGGACCGGCUUAUGGACUAUAAGUGACCCAGAAAACCUUGCUCUGACCAGCGGCACUUUCUGCUUGAUUUUAUUAAGAAGUCUGGACUCUGAAGUUGGACAUAACUUCGACCGUCGGGGACUUUGCAGCCGUGAUUAAAACAGCAGGAGACAUGACAGCGGACAAGGACAAGAAGAGGAGCAGCUCGGAGCGCCGCAAGGAGAAGUCUCGGGACGCGGCGCGAUGCAGGCGCAGCAAAGAGACGGAGGUGUUCUACGAGCUGGCCCACCAGCUGCCCCUGGCCCACAGCGUCAGCGCACACCUGGACAAGGCCUCCAUCAUGAGGCUGGCCAUCAGCUUCCUGCGCACGCGCAAGCUGCUGGCCAGUAACACCGCCUCCAGCAGCAGCAGCAGCAGCAGCAGCAGCAGCAGCGGCAGCAGCAGCAGCUCCAGCAGCAGCAGUAGCAGCGGAGAGGAGGACGCACACAUGGACAACCUGUACCUGAAGUCUCUGGAGGGCUUCGUCACCGUGGUGACCUCCGACGGGGACAUUGUCUUCCUGUCCGAGAACAUCAACAAGUUCAUGGGCCUCACACAGGUUGAACUCACCGGUCACAGCAUCUUUGACUUCACCCAUCCAUGUGACCACGAUGAGAUCAGAGAGAACCUCAGCCUGAAGGCCUCAGGAAGCGGCUUCGGUAAGAAAGGCAAAGAGCUGAGCACGGAGCGCGACUUCUUCAUGAGGAUGAAGUGCACGGUGACCAACAGAGGACGCACCGUCAACCUGAAGUCGGCCAGCUGGAAGGUGCUGCACUGCACCGGCCACCUGAAGAUGUACGACGGCUGCCCCUCCCGGGUGCUGUGCGGCUACAAGGAGCCGCCGCUCACCUGCGCCGUCUUGAUGUGCGAGCCCAUCCCGCACCCGUCCAACAUCGACACGCCGCUGGACAGCAAGACCUUCCUGAGCCGGCACAGCAUGGACAUGAAGUUCACCUACUGCGACGACAAGGUGACCGAGCUGAUGGGCUACGCUCCCGAGGACCUGCUGGGUCGCUCCGUCUACGACUUCUACCACGCCCUGGACUCCGACAGCAUCACCAAGAGCCACCACAACCUGUGCAGCAAGGGUCAGGCCGUGAGCGGCCGCUACCGCAUGCUGGCCAAGAGCGGCGGCUACGUCUGGGUGGAGACCCAGGGAACCGUCAUCUACAACAGCCGCAACUCCCAGCCGCAGUGCAUCGUGUGCGUCAACUACGUCCUCAGUGACAUCGAGGAGAAGGCGGUGAUUCUGUCCACAGAGCAGACGGAGCCUCUGUUCAAGCCUCGGCACAUGAGCAGCUUCUUCAGCGCGGGAGGCGUGGGCCUGAGCGGAGAGCCCGGGGACUCCCUCUUCACCUCCCUCAAGGAGGAGCCCGAGGACCUGGCUCAGCUGGCUCCCACUCCAGGGGACACCAUCAUCUCCCUCGACUUCGGUUGCCCUCAGUUUGACGAGCGCGAGCCGCCGGCCUUCCCCUCGGUGUCUGCGUCAUCCAUCGUGCCCCCGGGCCCCUCGUCCUGGGCCGGCGAGGCCCACAAGCCGGCCCCGGCGGCCGUCCCGGCGGAGAGGGUGAACAUGGCCGGUGCCUUCAGCGUGCAGCAGAACCAGCCCCCGGGCAGCAGCACCCCGAGCCUGAGCAGCUGCUCCACGCCCAGCAGCCCCGGAGAUUACUACAGCUCAGUGGAGAGCGACCUGAAGGUGGAGCUCACCGAGAAGCUGUUUGCUCUGGACACGGAGGGAGACAGCGCUGCCAGCACCGAGAGGGACCUCAGUGACCUGGACCUGGAGACGCUGGCUCCCUACAUCCCCAUGGACGGCGAGGACUUCCAGCUGAACCCCAUCAUCCCGGACUCCAAGCCCCUGGAGGGGCGUCCCGCUGGGCCCCUGGGCGGCAGCGGCAGCCUGGACACGCAGCAGAGCUUCAGCAACAUCGCCAGCCUGUUCCAGCCGCUGUCCCCGGCCCCGCCGGCCCCCGGCCACUACCAGCAGCAGCCGCAGCCAGCCUGGGCCGCCGGCGAGCGCAGGGGCGCGGGCCCCGCCUCGGUGGACGCCUGCGGGAGGCCCUACGGGCCCAUGGGCCACAUGCAGAGCCGCCCGUACCAGAGCCCGGCCAGCACCCCCCUGUCCUCUUUGCAGUGGCCUCCAGAUCCCCUGAUAACCUACCAGCAGCAGCUGCCCGGCAAGCCCUACCUGCUGGAGCAGGGAGGGGAGGACCGGCCCUCCUGCCAGCAGAACAUGUCCCACCUUGUGCACAAACAGAGGUCCAUGGACAAUUUUGUACAAGCUUACAAAGACAUGAGUCCAGCCAGAGUGGCUUUGGCCAACAACAUCAAGCGCUCCUUCAACCAGAUGGCUGUGGGUGAGAGCAGGGCAAGCGAGUUCAUGUGGAAGAAGAUCCGGAGUGAGACCUGCAUGGACCGGUCCCUCAGCACGGGCUCCCUGAGCGAGUCAGGCAGAGCCAGGAUGAUGCCAGGCGGCAUGUCUUCAUCUCUAAGCUCCCUGCAGCAACACAGGAAGUCUCAGUAUCCAGGAAAUGGGAUAAGUGGAGACGAUGGAAAACCUUUUCUCCAAAAGAGUUGCAGCUAUAACAACAGCUACAACAUGCAACCUUCUAACAAGACACAGGGUCUCAGCUGUCUGCUGGGCCCGUCUUUUGAGCCCUCCUGUUUGCCCGAGUUGACCCGUUACGACUGCGAGGUCAACGUGCCGCUCCAGGGGAACCUGCACCUCCUGCAGGGCUGUGACCUCCUGCGAGCCCUGGACCAGGCCACCUAGACCCCCCCCCCAUCCAACGCCUGACACAGACCUGGACUCGCUCCCAGCCCGGAGCCUCAACCUGCAGCCCGUGACUUAAGUCUUUCUUCACCUCUGUACCUCUAGGUGCUCCGAGAGCAAGCCCAAGGCUUAGCGACCUGUAGAUCACGGUAUUCACGACCACAUCCUGCCUUACUUAGCCCCCCACACUCUGUCUCCCGUCCUUUUCUCUAGUCCUCUACCCCCAAACCUGCAGCGAUAUCAGGGUCCAGCUCCUUCCACCCUCCGUGCCCUCCAAGCACGCGACUUCAAUCAGAUGCAGGUUGACCACCAGAGUAGAGCUGCCCGGCCUCGAGCCAGCCACAUCCGACGACCCGCACACUUCACAUAUACAGAAAACAACAAAAAAUGGGUCACUGGUUGUAAAAAAUAAAAGGUCAAUGCUGGAUUCAGAUUAUGUCACACUGGGUUUGGUGUCGGUGCUGAUGUGGAAGAGGCCGGUGGUCGUGCGGAGAGGCUCCGCCCCCAGCCCCGCCCCCUGAUGAGGCUCCGCCCCCAGCCCCACCCCCUGAUGAGGCCCCGCCCCCAGCCCCGCCCUCUCUCUGCCCGCCAGGAGAGCAUAUUAUUCCACCUACACAUUAACACAUUAAUUUUGUGCACGUGACCAGUGAUUGGCGUCCGUUCUGGUCGAAGCCUCAAGCCAGAGCUGGGUAUCAUGAGCUGGUUCUGACCUGGAGCCAUUUCCAAAAAACAAGCCAAUGAAUCUCGUCAGAGCACGCUCUCUUAUCGGAUUCUGCCUAUCGAUUCCCAAAGAUGAUUAUUAUUAUUAUUAUUGUUUUUUUUAAAUCACUGCAGUGCAAUACGGAGGACUGGAGCACUUUAAAGAGCGGCUAAACGUGAGGACGGGGCCAACGCGAAUCGUUUUUAGCUCUCUACACGAGAAUUAUAAAACUUCCCUUUUCUCCUCUUUCCAACCGGAUAUUAAUGUUUAAACCUUAGAGGCCAGAAAGGGAUGCAAUUAUUAAUUUAUUGUGGCAAACCGACAUUUGACAGAUAUAUUCUUCGUCUUUUAAACACCUCUUUAUUAACCCAAAUUCAGUAUUUCCCUUUUUGAUUGUAUGAUAAACUGUUAUAUAAAUGUAUAAAGAUCUGCUCUGAGACUUCUUCUGACUUGAUUACGGUGAUGAAUCAGUAAAAUGAUACCCGGCCUGCAGCUCGAGCCUUUUCUCUUUUUCUACAUGCAGACAUUUGGGUCGCUAUGACGACAUCUGCUCUGUUAAACGUUCAUGUGAACGAGAGUUCUCACAUCUGGAUCACAGCAGCGUUAGAUCCACACGCUUCACAUGUUCAUUUUAGCCGUCAUAAAACAGUCUGCUUGUUACUGAAAUGACACUUUUCAUCAUUCAACUUUUUGUGGGUUUUAAAGAAAAAUGUACAUUUAACUCUACCGGACACUUUCUUUCACUUUUCUUGGUUCUUCAGCCAGUCAGAUUAUUUUUAUCUGUGUCUUUCUCACAGACACGAGUAGUAAAGUAUAUACUGUAGUACAUGUACUCCACAGUAAUCUGAAUACUAUUAUUCUUCCCUCUAUUUUGAUCUCAUCUGUCUGUCUUCAGUUAGAUUUAGCAGCUUUUACGACGACGGGGUGAUUUUUUCUCUGUGCAGUUUAUCACUUGAGCUGAUGCUAAAUAAAGGAAGCUCGAGUUAAUGUACCAAACUAGUAACUGAGAGAAGGACGCGGCCUGCAGAGACGGAGCGUUUCUACGCGUUACGGGCUCGUGCCCGAGCACGGCGAGCCGGUGGUGUGCACAGAUCAGCAGGGGGGCGCGUGCACGCGUUUCAACGACCUCUGUCUAACGCCGCUGGGACGCUUUUACUUCCGCUGAAUUUUUCUCCCCUUCCGGACAGAUUUUUCGCCACAUUCAGUGUUGUGCAUCAGCCUCCUCCAUUAAUCACCCCCCGGAGGCUAAUCGGGUCGCUGGCAGCUUUGCAAACCUUUUCCGACUUUGCCCCAUUAGAGGAAAUGUCUGCAGCAAAUGCCUAAAUUUAACAGAUAUAUUAAAGAUCCAAAUCAAAUCUGCUGGUCCGUUACUGGCUAUUCUGUUUACUGCUCUCCAUAAGAUUUUGCACAGAAACAUCUUUACAAUCCUUUUAUCAUCCAAAAGCCAUAAUUAAGCAGUUUACAAUUAUACAAAACACCAGAAAUCCAAGUUUCUAUGUUGCAAAGUCUGAAAUACACACUUUUAAGCAACUUAAUGCUUUAAUACUAAGUCUUACAGCGCUUCAUAGAUGCAGCGCCUGCCUGGAACGGUGGUAGAAACUGCCUGGAUAUAAGCUGCAAUGUAAAGAAUGCAGGAUUUGCUCUGAAGCAGACUGGGCUGAUUAGAGUCAAACCCAGGGGCUCCGGGGAUAACCCAGAGACCCCUGGACUGGAAAAGACCCUUCAGAGCAAAAAGAUCCCGGCAGACAAUGGAGGUCCCCCCCACGACGGCCUUGUGCUCACCACGGCGACACAGCAGGGGUCAGACGUCGCUCUCUCCAUCAGACAUUUGUACAUAACAGCGGCCGGUGAAGUCGCCUGAAAAGUAGAGUUUGGCUGUUUUUUUUUCUCCCCCUUUCGGGAUCGUAGGACAAGGCCAGUUUUUCUUAACUCGCAGACGGAGUGGCUGCCGAUACCAGAGUGCUUUAUAACGGGACGUUAACGGUCCUCACACAUCGUAGAUCAAGAGUAGACUCAGUGAAAUACACUUUACACCGUUCUUCUCUACUUCUGUACUCUGGAUACUUUUUCUUAAUUCCACUCUUUUUCAAGGUAAAUGUCUUUGUGUGGUGACCACUUUUGAGUAUGAACUAUUGAGCUUUGUAUACAUACACAUUGUGUACUUAAAAAACGACAACUAAUGUGGAACAUAGUGUUUUUAGUGUCUAUGUGUCCUGGUACUUUGGCCUCCGUGUAGAUGCUGGUAGAUUCUCUUCCUCCCACUGCCGUCUCUGUCUCGUGGUGGCUGUUUUUAAUUCUGUCUCCUUUCCUCUCUCUUUAUCCUCAAGUAUCUGAAUCUGUCGGCUGGCCAGUACUGUUGUUGUUCUUGCUUUAAAAAGAAACAGGAGAAGAAAAAAAAGAAAAAAAAAAGUGAAAUAUUAGUUUUCUACGUUUUCAGAUAUGUAGCAUUUUGAGUAUUGUAAGGAAGGUGAAGCUGCCACGUAAUCGCAUAGUUUUCAAGUUGCAUAUAUACAAGCAAUGGUGCUUCAUAGACCAUGUAUGUCUCAUUUUUGGAACUUAUUUCAAUGUCUUGGAUCCACUAACACUGUAUUUUGAUGUUCUGCUUUAUUCUGUGCUAACGUUUGCAUUUGAAUCCAUACAAUGUGCCUUAUCAUGACUUUACAAACUCAGCAUACCGAGUUCACCCUUCAAGUGCACAGUUUGUUCACUCCAACCCGUAGGUGACAUCCCAAACUUUGGGGGCUGUUAUUAAAAAAAGAAAUCCCAACAGUUAUCAAAGUUAUCGUCCAAAUCCUCCCUUUUUGUUUGUAGCUUUAAUUUAUAAGAAUUCGGUUUUCAAAAGAUAGAAGCAGAAACAUCAUAGUAACGACGAAGGUCAAAUCUUCUGAGAUGAUUGGAAAGCGCUCAGAAACGUUGGGAUGAUUUUUGAUAAUAACCCUGGAGGUUUUCUGCGUAGCGGUUCCUUCACAGCUUCCUCUCGUGUCCUUUUAGCUCCCAGUAAAGCUGCAGCGGACGAGAAGCCUCUCGGCCGCUUGCACAACCCUGUUGGAACGCGUUUUUGAACUUCUGGUGAUGACGAGUUGAACUGAGUGUGAAGUUUGUAAGGAAACGGAUUCUCCCAGCUCAUCGCGUGACCCAACGGUCCGUCUGCUGAUGAAGCUGCUUGAGGGUUUUUUAGAAAAAGCGAGAGAUUAUUUGACUGCAAAGUAAAUGCCGAGGUCUGUUUUAUUCUACAGUUUGACUUAAAAAUGUGCAGUAGCCCUUGUGCCGCAAUAUUGGGGGGGGGGGGGGCGGAUGACGAAAGGUAUUGUAAAGACUUUUAAAACAGUACGUAGUUUCUCAAGUCUGUGGCCCGGGACUUAAGAAUGUGCACUUUACAGGCAGCGACUUCUGCAAGCUGGUCUCUACUUCAAAGGAAACGGACGUUUAUAGCCUGCAAUUUUAAUUGAGUUCUAGUACGAAGCAAAUUAAAUCUCUUUACGCCAGAAAAUAAAGCAAAGACACUCAUUUAGUAUAUUUUAAACUCUCAUAAGCUUUGUUCAAAAAACUUGUUCUGCAUGAAUAAUAUCUAAUGGAUUAGCUGCUUAACCUCAAUCAAAUCAAAUAUAAUCGCACAAAGUUCACUAGUGGCCGUUCUGUGUCUCCUCACACCCGAUGUGUUUGAGGCACAGAAGAUACGUUUGGACCAAAGGGUUGGGGGUUGGAGGGCUAAAAUAUCAAUCUGGAACUGUCUCUGUCCCUCCUUCUGGUUUUUAAUGAGCUAAUGUUAAAAAUAUAACCAUAGAAAAGACAGAUUAUCAAUGUUUACGGGUGUGUUUUGGGUUUUUUUAAUGGCGUGUCACCUGGAUCUGGAGCAGGAACUCAGACAAGUUCCUGCUCUGAAGUAGGAGCUUAAAAAAACUGCAGCAGAAAAGCCCAAACAAAAUCAUCUCCAUAUUUGACGCGUCUUAUAAAAAGGAAACAAAAACACUGGUGGCCAUCGUUCCCAUGAGGGAUGAAGUUUAUUUGAAUGUCCUUGCGACUUUUGUUAAGUCUCCUAAAGCCAACGUUACCCGAGUUUGGUGCCAGGAGUCGCCCCCCCCCCAACAUCUAAGAGCCACUAUUCAAAGCAGACGAGAUGGCUAACAAACACCCUGGAAAAACAAGUCUUUACUGGCGGUCCUACUCCACUGCAGACAUUUUGGAUGUAUUUUUUAGCUGAUACUUGUCUGGUUGUUGCUGCCACAUCAGCUGGCCAGGCAACAUCAAUAAGCUAUUCUAUUUAAAAACAAGUCGAUCUGUGCAAAUCCUGACAAUUUGGUAUAAAAGCCAGAGUACGUACCUAAAAUAAUCCAGACGUGUCAGAAACAGCAGUGUCGGGGUCAAGUGACGCGUCACAGAGACUUCCUGCUCAGCCUGCCCACUGAUGCACGAGUCCGUACCGUCCUCUUCACACCGCACUCCUGUUUCUCUGCACUCCCUUUUACCAAAAUGUAUCUUCUUUAGACGAGGUGUUUUUAGUUUUUUAGGGUGGGGUGGGGUAAAGUAAAAGGUUCGUCAUAUUUCAAAAGUACACAAAAACAACUGCCAAGGAUGCUAAUACUAUGUUUAGGAUUAUGUUUAGUCUUUCGAGAUUUUUUUUUUUAGAAACGGAGAAAAGAAAUUAAAAAAAAGCACCUUACUACAUGCAAAAGCAUGAUUUUAAAUUUGCAAUGAAAAUAAAUAAAAGUGCAAUAUUAUCUAACUAUUAAUAUGUCAUAGACCAAAGACGGGCUACGAACGCGCGGGAACUGAGCACAGCGGGAAAAGAACGGCACCUAAGAUGGAUUUUUUUCUUUUUUCGAAGUGAAUUGAUACGAUUUCAAAACGAGUUGCCUUAAAGCAUGUGAGAAGGUUGGAUCAAUGAAAGUAGAUUUAAAACCUUAAUUGAGACAGAAGUCCUACCUCCUUUUAAGUAAGCUGUGGGUCAAGAGAAGAGAGUUCUUGUAAAAGCCAAGAAAUUUAGCAAAAAAGCGAAACGGGUGUUCACAAUUUAGAGAAAAUAGUCAUUUGUGACUGGGACCAGGCGCGGCGCCGGUGCUCCGAUUAACUGUAGAAGACUCAUCAGCUGAAUUAAUGCGCAACACACUGUGCUGCUUGAAGGGUUUUUCCCCCCAACAAAGCUCAAGUAAUGAAUCUUUCAGGAGCAAAUCCACUUACUCACCGCGCUUCCUCUCUUGAGACGAUAUCUGCAUUUUAUCUUUUGUGUACCAACAGGGUUUUUGUUAUUCCUUAUGGGAUCCAUGUUCAGCUACGUGUAUUCUGUUAUUGUCGAUGUCAGAGUAAAGUUAUAUUAGCUAAUUCCAAUUUUUUAAUAUGCUCAAAUUCAUAUUGAUCUAUUAUUAUUAUUAUAUAUUGUUAUCAUUGUUAUUACUAUAUGGGGACUUUAACCCGAUAAGAAGUUUGUGUUUCUGCACUGAUAUCUUAUUAAAGCAUACUGAUCUUACCCCACA